GGCUGGGGAAGGUUUGGGGUUAGAGGUUGGCUUCACACAAAGGAGCAAGCGGCUGGAAGACGGUACGACGCUGAGAGCCAAUCAUCGCGGCAGCCCAGCGAUAAAAGGGCUUGCGAGGCGGCCGUGGGAGCUCGCAGGAAACCGCUCCCGCUCCCACAGCCCUGGCCUCUGCAGCGGGGAGAAAGGGAGCGAGAACACCCUACCAUCAGGGACGGCCAGACAGACCCACUGCCGGACAGACCCACCCUGCCGGGGUGAAACCCUCCUGCUCGGCAUCGCCGUGAGGAGCCCAGGCAUAUGGUGUUGCAAGAGGUCUGUCUUAGACACCUCCCCAGGGAACACCGGCCCACAAACUUCAAGCUCAGGAUUAAAUAGACGGAGGAGGGGAAGGAACCAUGUUCCAGGCCACGGAACCCGCCAGCCCACCCCCAACUCACGAGGCAAAGAACAGCUCAGGAGGCAGCACGGUGCAGCGCUCCAAGUCCUUCAGCCUGAAGGCACAAGUGAAGGAGGUGUGCACUGCCUGCCAGAAAACCGUCUAUCCCAUGGAGCGGCUGGUGGCGGAUAAAUUCGUCUUCCACAACGCCUGCUUCUGCUGCAAGCACUGCCACACCAAGCUCAGCCUGGGCAGCUACGCGGCGCUCCACGGGGAAUUCUACUGCAAGCCCCACUUCCAGCAGCUCUUCAAGAGUAAAGGCAACUACGACGAGGGCUUUGGGCGCAAGCAGCACAAGGAGCUGUGGGUGCACAAGGAGGUGGAGAGCGUGACCAAGUCGGCAUGAGCGGGGCCAGCCCACCCUUCCCUGGAGCCCAGCAGAGACGGCACGGAGCAGUGCUGAGCCAGGGGCUAACUGAGCUGAUGUAAAGCAAAGGGGACCCAAGGGCCUGUGGGCGGUAAGGGAAGGGAGGCAGCCCAGCCCUCUUUGGAGGAUGCUCAGAGGGGUCCUACAGGCCAUAAGGGCAGGGCACAGGGGACCGGGGUGCAGCCCCCAGACCUUAAGCCCUCUCCCUGCAGGCCCCUCUCGUUCAUGAGAUCAGACCAGAAUCACUUGCCCCAUGGGAACCCCAGCCGUGUUCAUACGUUUCAGGCCUGCCACCAUGGAAAAGGAGAUGAUCUGGGGGUUUAACCCAGCCUUUAAGUCACAGCAGAGCUCCCAGCUCCUGUCACACCAAUCCUGCCUUGCUGGGGCUCUGAAUAAGGAGGGUCCUUGGUUUACAUCAGCUCAGUUCAGCUGGGAUUGUUCAGCCUUAAGGAUGUUGCCCUGCGACUGUUUGACAGUGUCUCUUUUUUAUAUUUGCCUUUGAUUGGUACGUUCUGCGCUGGAGCCUGGCACGGCAGCUUCACGUGUGACGCUGCUCCACGCGCUCUUUUAUUUUUUUAAUACAAGGUUUCUGAGCCUUC